GAACACGGGCAUUUUUAAAGUUUCAGGAGUCAAUAGCUAAGCCAAGUCCUGCAGUGACUCGUGGAAAUCUGUCCCCUUAGUCUCCAGUGGCUCCUGGACCAGCCUCCAGCUGGAAAGGGUCAGGGCGGGGAGCCCACCCGCAUGGUAGAUGGGGAGCCCGAGCCCUGGCAGCUGUGCAGCAGGGGAGAGAGCCCCAGAGCCUCACCUGGGGCCGCGGCCCGUCACACUACGUGCGCAGGAAGUCUGGGUUCAUGGAGAGGAGCAGACCCAGUGGGGCCUUGAGGAAGCAGAUGGGUGGCCAGGGAGGAGCCUGGUGGAGACACGAAGGGGAACUGUAGCCACCAGCAGGCUGUCCUCUCUUGGGAACUGAAGAGGAAGGAGAGACGCUGACCAGGAGGCCCCGAUGGAGAGCUGGGCUCCGCUGCGGUGGGCCCCGCCGGGCCCCGUCACAGCCUCCUGGCUCCUGGGCUUGCUCCUGUCCCCUGGGACCCUGCAGCUCACAGGAGGGCAGUCUGUGACCCACACUGGCCCCCCCAUUCUGGUCUCUCUGGCCAACAAUGUCGCUUCCUUCAGCUGUAGCAUCACCUACCUGUACACCCCGGAAUUCAAAACUUUCACAGUCAGCUACUCUUAUGUGAACCUCCAGGGCCAGAAGAGCGUUGAGGAGCAGACUGGCUGCCAGCCCACGGCGGGCCCAGAGAACCAGACCCACACCACGGUGUGCAGAGUCAUCCCCAGGCUGCCCAACGCAGCGGCCACUGGCACCUACUACUGCACCGCCCACUGGCCGCGCUUGCUCAUGAGCGGCGCUGGCCCCUUCAUCCUGGUCAGAGACACAGGCUACCGGGAGCCCCCGAGGCACCCCCGGAGGGUCCUGUUCUUCUGCUUCAUCGGCCUGCUGAGUGUCCUGAGCGUCCUGGGCACGGCUCUGCUGCUCUGGAAGAAGAAACAGGUGCAGGCUUCGUGGAAGAACCUGGCCCGGAAGGGCCCGGCCCCGAGCACGGCCGUCCCGGAGCAGCCUCCCGCCGAGUCCCUGUACACGGCCCUGCAGCGCCGGGAGACUGAGGUCUACGCCUCCAUGCAGAACGAGGCCAGCAGCCUACCCUCCAGUGGGACCUUUCUCUCCCAGGUAUGCGGGGCGCUGGGCGGCCAGCCUGGCUCCCCCUCGGUUCCGUCUACCCCGCUCCUUGUAUGUGACAUGGGGCUAAGUAGGACUAUAGGAGUGAGCCCUGCUGUUGAGUCGGAGCCCUCUCCCGAGGUAGCUGGAACCCCGACUCCACCCCUUACCAGCAGUGAACUGAGGAGCCAGACAGCACUCACCCCAAAUGUUGCCGUGGGACCCAGUCGGCGCCCAUGCAACGUGAGCCAUCGUCACUACCACUGGGCACAGUGUGGUGUCUGCACUGGCCGGUCAGAGGGUGUGAGGCUUCCCGCUGCUCCCAGCUGGUGGCGGCUGAAGUCGGAGCUGGUGGCGGCCUGGGCUGGCCUCGUCAGGGCUCCUUUGUCAUCACGCUGGGGGCCACGGCAUUUCACGUAAUCACGAUUCUCUUUUAAACCUCAGUUUGCUCAUCUGUAAAGUGGAUGAGUGGCACUCAGCUGCAAAACCGAGUGCCCCUGAACUCAGAUGAAUGCCAAGUUAAGUAACAUCUACGACAGGGAUUGGGACUCCAAAAAGCACAAGGGUCUGUUAAGCGGAAACAGGAACGAUGGGCGGUGGGUAGGCCCAUGGGCACCUUGGAAGAGCUGUCGGGAAGGGAGAGGGGCUGGUGCUCGGUCUCCCAGGCCCAGGGGCCCAGGCUGGCACUGUCUGGUGAUCUCCGUUCUCAGAGCCCUUUCCAAACUCAUCCCUGAACUAGGCCUUGACUGGAAGCACGGCUUCCCCAUCCUGGGACCCCCAAAGAUGCCGGGGCCAUCCCAGGCAGCGCCUGCCCUCUGCCAAGCCUCGGGGUGCUGGCCAGGGUGGUAGGACAUGUCCCUGCCCUCCAGCGCUGCGGGAAGAGGGCACUGACCUGACAAACACCCAGAGGCAUUUGUGGCCCGUCUGAGAAGUGGGUUCUGGAGCGGGACAGACCGGGGCCAGGGAGGGGGUUCUCGGGGAUGCUAACAAGCCCUGCCGGGUGAGUAGGAGGUUUCUGGGAACAGGUGGGGUUGAAGGAACAGCCCAGGCAGAGGGAAGACAGCGGGGAGGCCCCAAGGCAGGGAAGGGGAAGCCCAUGGGGCAGGAGCCGACUAAGGCGGUGAGAGGUGGCUGGCACCGUGGGCCGGGGACAAGGACAGGCUUCCCUGUCACAGCUGUGCAGGAAGCCAUCAGUUUCUUUACCUCUGACUAAAACUGGAUCAGUACAAGUUUGUUCCUUUUUCUGCCUAUUAUUUUUCAUGUUUUUCCCCCCAGGAGAAGCAGCGUGGAGUUCAGAAUGACAGUGAAUUUAACCUGGUCUAUGAAAACCUCUAGGAUGAGCCCCGCCUGCCCGUAGGUCUGGCCGCGGAUCAGAGCCCUGGGGCAGCCCCUCCCUCCAGAGGACUUGAUCUGGACCAAGAGUGAGGCCCCAGGGGCGCUCAGCAUUCACCCCCACAUUCCUGGCCCUUCCUGCCUCGGACUACACCCACCCCAUUCUAUGCCAGGUGCACCCACUGUGUUUGUCGUCUCCAGGCCUUUGUCCAUGUUGCUCCCUCUGCCAGGCGGGCCCGGCCUGUCUCCAAGGGCUCUUGUGGAUCCCACCCAUUCCCAGAGCCCUCCUCACCCGCUGGGUUCUCUUGGCACCAGACUGUACCGCAGCCUACAAGGCCGACUGGGAGCUCCACAGGAGGGACCUGGCAGGGACCCUUGUCAGUGCUGUGUUCGCAGAAAGAGGAUGAAUAAAGGAACGGCUAUAUGCCCUGGCCGGUUUUGCUCAGCAGUUAGAGUGUCAGCCCGCGGACAUGGACCAGAGAGACCCGGGUUCAGUUCCUGCUAAGGGCACGUACUUCGGUUGCAGUUUGUUCUCAGCCUUGGUUGGGGUCAUGUGGGUGGCAGCCACUCAAUGUGUCUCUCUCACAUCGAUGUUUGGAGCUGAACAACCUGAUGCUCUCUGCCCCCCAACAAGGACCCCAAGGUUGUCUCCCUCCACCUGGUCCUUUGUUUUUUUAUUUUCAACAUUUUUUUCUCUAUUGAUUUUAGAGAGAAAGGAAGGGAGAGGGAAGAGAGAGUUAGAAACA